GAAUAUAUGAUAUAAAAUAUCAAACAUAUGUUUUCUACUCAACGAAGGAUCUUCAUCUCGUACAAUUUAAAUGUUAUGCUCAAAAUUGCGGACACAGCACGGAACAAUAAUAACGUUAUCCACUGAAAAAAUUAUGAGCUACAUAGUUCCAUACUACAUCUUAUGAAUGUAGAUGGCGUCUCACUAUUGUAAUCAUCAAUACGUACAUAUAAUGACUUUACGCGCUCUCAAUCUACUUUCUAUUCUGAAAAAUUCGACGAAAUGUGACUGGAGAUUAUUGUUUUUCACAUGUACAAAAUUAAAAAUAAAAUGUAAAUGAUAUAUAUCCGAAACAAAAGUAUAAAAACUCAUGUAACAUGAUUAUUAGUUAUAAAUCGUUAUAUAAAAGUGAAUAAUGUGUAAUGUUAAUUAUAUGAUAUUUUAGAAUGCUCUUUUAUUUAAUCUAACUUUAGUAGUGUUGUAUGUGUGUGUAUGUAUGUAUGUGUAUGUGUGUGUUUAUCAUCUGUAACAAAGAAUGAUAUAGUAAGUGUUUUGUAACAAAUCUGACUUAUAUAAAAUAUAUAAUUCUAAUUAUGUAUUUAAGACAUUUUGUGAAAUUAAAGCAAGGACUAAUGUAAUUUUAUUAAAAUAUCAGUGCAUCUUAAUAAUUCCAUGUGAAAAUUGUGUAUAUUGUUUGUUACUAUACCAUAUCCAAAAAUGUCUGAGAGAAAAACCAUUGGGGGUAUCCCUGUGGAGUGUCUUACUGGAGAACCAGCGGCAAUAUGGUCUGGCUGGCGUACUCUGGGAGAUAGAGAACUAGUAAGAGAAGCGUCUGCUAAGGGAACUCACAUAAAAUUAGCUCAUAAGUGCCUUGCAUAUAGAAGACAAAGUAGUUUGGACCUGGCAUGUAUAUAUUUUAACAAGGAAGUAGAAGUUUGGAUCAAUGAGCUCUUAAAUAAAAGACAAGUUUACAGGGCUUCACAUAUUUUAAAAAAUAUAGGGAAAGAUCCUGUAGAAUAUAUUUUUGCUUCUUCUAUAAAAAGUAGAGAUCCACUUUUAAGAAAUUACUUGUGCGAGUAUAUGAUGAAGGUUAAUGGUUUUGAAAAUAAACAUAUUUCAGCUUGGAACAUUAUUAAAAGUAUUACACAGUAUGAAAAGAAAUAUAAAGUGCAAAAUGGAUUAAGUUCUUGUAUAUGUGUAGAUGACAUAGUGAAUUUGUCGCAAAAUAUCAAGCGAUCUUUAUGUACUGAAUUAUAUUUUUCUCUAAGUAAUCCAGAUAUCUUAGAAAAUGUUUCAAAUACUACUUUAUGGGAUUAUUUAUUAUGCAAUAAUAAGAUUAAUGCAUUAAGGUUAUGGAUUGAUGCGAGAUAUGAUCCAGAUACCUUGCAAAAUACGGAUAAGAUUGACCAUAGUUUAAAAUCAUUAUUUGCAAAGUUAGAUAUUACAGCUGAUAUGGUUGAAUGUAUAGACUCAUCAAAUGCUAGUAAUCUUGUAAAAAAUUUAACCAAAAAUCACUUAUGUAGGUAUGGGAUAUGUGUGAAAGAAGAGAAGAAUGAUCUGAGGCUAAUAUUAAGUCGCUUUUUCAGUUCAGGUAUUACAUUAGAAAAACUCAGCGAAGUAAUAUUACCGUUAACUUCAUGUAAUAUUCAUAAAAUAGAGUUUAUACAAACUAUUGAUCGACAAUUGUGCCUUACACAUUGUGCACAGAAGUGUCAUACUUCAGAAGAUAAUACAAAACUUACUGAAUUGUUUAAUAUAUUAACCAACAUGUGUAAUACUCAAGAUUGUCAUGAAGAUGUAUUAAUACACGGUAUCAUUAAAUCAAUUGAAUAUGUCUCCAACAACUUAAUUGACUAUCUGAAAGAAAAUUACUUGAUAACCUUGACAUUGAUAUUCUUGCAAUUGUGGCAAAAAAGAAACAUAUUAUGCAAUGAAACAAAUAUUUUUGUGGAAAGUAAACUAAUAAGAGACAUAUUUACAAAUGCAAAUGGUUUAAAUAUCAAUGCACAUAUUAUUUCUCAAGAAGUUCUUCAGCUUACACUGACACACAUACCACUUUUGCAAUGUAUCAUUGAAGAUCAAACUAAGAAAUCUGAUAUCACAUUGUAUGAAUUGCUGGACGGCUAUAAAAAUCUGAGUACAAAACUCUUGUUCAAAUGGCGCUUGAGAAAUGAAGUUAUGCCUGCUUUUGCUAGUGAGAAUCUUAUUAAGAAAUAUGGACACAAAGAAACAUUAACAUAUGGUUAUUAUUUGAAAGAAGGCAGACCAAACAUGGCUGCAUACAGUUUAAAACACGCUCAAACUAAAUUACUUGGAAAUGUGUCUUCCCAAAGGAAAUCCAAAGCGGCCUUAUAUGCACAUGUUCUUGCUUUAAGAAAUUUAAGUAAGCCUGAUAUUAUAUGUAGUUGUAUUGUCUUUACUGAAUUACUAGGAGUUGAUUCAAGCAAUUUACGAUUAUACGUUACUGUGGCAAAAUAUGUACAAGAACAACUAAACAUUUCCAUAGGAAACUUAUUAGAAAAUGUAAUAUAUAAGAAUCAGCACGAUUUAAAGUCUGUGAUAUCUUAUUUAGAGCAAAGUUUCCAAAAACAUUUGCUGAAUGAUACUUUGGUAAGCGAUAAUUCGCAAUUUGUUGAAGCAUUGAAAGCGUGGGAUAUCAUCAUACGCUUCGCGCACGUUCACAAUUAUACACUACCUAGUAUAUUACCAAAAUAUUUAGCAAAUCAUGAUUUGUGGUUCGAGUUUGUUGCAGUCAGUCAUAUAUUCUCUUAUCCCACGAAACAGGUACUAGAAGAUGCCAAGUUGUUUAACAAUGUGAGUAUCCGGGAACAUCUGUUGACAUGUUUGACCAACAGCAAGCUUGGCAAAUCUCAACUAUGUAAUGAACAAAAACUGAAAUCACGCGACACGAGACAAUUAUUGUACCACAGACAAGACCAAAGUGAUUCCCCAACAUCUGCUUCAACCAUAUCUGGAACUGAUAUAAAUAAUUUGGACACAACUGAUGCAGAACAUGUCACCAGCAAUUGCGCAUUGUCCUUUUUGAGCAAUGAUCUAUGGUUAACUAUACUAAAUUGUCAUCAAAGUCAAGAUCCACCUGGAACAUUAAUCAAUGUGUCUCGUUCAAGACUUAGCCCUAUAUUGACUAUUUUGGCUACAUGUUACGAGCCAUCCUCAGUAGCAGCAUAUUGUUAUUGUUGGAUGGUGAUAUCAGCAGGGAAGGAAGACUUACUUCUCGAUUAUGCAGAAUGUUUAGAACAACAAAUAUGGCCUGCCAAUAAGGUAGCAGGAUUAUUAAGUAAAAUGAUUCAAUUUGGUUACAUUGACACACUUAACAGAGCUUAUAAGAUUUUCAUGCCUGACAGUAUCUUGAGUCCGUUCUUUGAGUUUCUGACGCAAGCAAUUAUUUACGGUGAAUUCAAAGAGAGUCAGCAGCAUUUGUUGGAAUUUAAAUUGCAAUGUUCCUCACUUAAAUGUAAUAGGAUUAUGGACUGGACAAGUGCUGAUUUGACAUAUCUGAAAAAUUUGUACUGGGUCGCGAUUGUUGGAACCAAAUGUAUUAUUACAGCACUUGGCUAUGGCUUUCAAAGUACACCGUUACGAGUAAAGCUUCUCGAAACUCUAAUCAAGUCUAAUUUUUCUACGGACUUGCCUGUUAAGAUACCGGAUUUUCAAUGCUUGUUGGAUAUAACAAGAAUCUUACAGAAAACAGACGUGAUGUUAAAUUUUGCAGCCGUUACCGUAAUCGAUAAUGUACAUAAUUUUGAUACGGAAAUUAAAAAAUGCAUUAACGAUUUAAUAGCGACCGAUAAUUAUAGCACUGCCUUGGAAUUAUCCUGCACUGCUGGAUUGCAUGCAUCUGAAAUCAUAUUAGCGCAAUCCCGAAACAAUUUCAAAAAGUCCGUACGUAGAAAUGGUCAGGUCAGUUCUACAUUCUGGAUGCAGUGUGCUCAGGAUUUUAAUAAAUAUAACGUUCCUCCUGAAGUAGCAGUCGAAUUUUUUGUCGAACAUGCCGAGAAAGUUAUAUCUCACAAAGAGAGAUACGAGAUUCUAAAAUUAGCUUAUGAGACUUUAAAGAAUACUAAAAUUGAGCAACAAACUAUCAAUACACUGGAAAUGGCCAUGUGGAAGUCGUGUAUUUUGGCCGGACCUGAAAAUAUACAAUUCGAUUGUGAUGAUUACAUUUUUAAUAAGUUAAAAACCGAAUUACUCUCCGGAUUGGACAAAUUAGAAGUGACUUACUCACUGGAAGACGAAAGUGAAAAAGAUUCUGCAGAAAUCUUAAUUAAUCGAUUGAUUGAUUUGGGUAAACUGGAUAUUGCUUUACGAAUAAGCAUGAUUUUUAAUUACAACCAUAAGGAUUUACAAGUAUUAAUGCUGUGCUUAAGUUUGGCAGAGGGUGAAAUUUCACCAGCAGAAUUAACCGCACAACAAAAGAGCUUCUUGGAAGAGACUAGUAAAAGCAAACAGAAACAUGGCACUUUGCGCAAUCGCGGCUUGCAGAGAUUAUCCUCCUCAUCAUCUCUAAAUUCUAUUGGAGAGGCCAGUAAAACAAAUGACUCAAAGAUCACUAGCAGUCACCAACACCAAUAUCAAAUGGAAUGCAUCUCAAUCUUGGAAAAAUUAUCAGAAACUCUUCAACAUGGAAAUGCAAUAUGCUCGAGAAUUGUUUCCUGUUAUAAACUCGCUGUACGCCUAAAAAAGACUUAUCAAUCGCUAUUGAUGUUAAACAAUCCCAUCAAAUUCUUACAAGAGAUUACGGAAAGUAAUAUCGAGAACAAAUGCGAGACUGCUAACAACAUCAUAAUGUCGUACAAGAUCAAGACAGAAAAUAUUGCGACAUUCCUUACUGAAAGUAUCAUAGUACACAUUAAUCGUGCUAUAGAAGAUGGAUUAGAAGAUUUUAUCUCUAUGUGGGGAUCCUAUCCUAUAAAUACACAUUUCCAUUUAAUAAUGGAACUUUGCAGCGAUACUUCGUUAUUAGGUUUAAAAUUGCUACAAGCAGCACAGUCAUUGCUGGGAAAACAUGUUAGUUCUCAUGAUGAAAGAAAAAAUGUGUCAACAUUGAAAACAAUAGUGGAAUUAUUAAUAAGAUCCCACGAUUGUUUCACGGCUUCUUGCAACAUGGAAGGAAUAGCAUCUGUAUUACGAAAAUGUCAAAAACUUGCAAACAUAUUACAAAUGUUGAAACAUUGGGCGUUAUUGGUGCGAUUAGUAACUGGCGUCGGUCGAUUUACUGAGAUGAAUUACAUAUUUGAAAUUUUGAAAGAAAAUGAUCAUUUCGAGUUCCUAUUGGGAAAGGGUUUGGACAAGGUACCGGGUCUAAAAAUGGCGUUGUUAGAAUUUUUGAAGCGUCAAUGCCCAGAAGAUAAAGAACUGUUUACAUUGGUGGCUCUACAUUUCCGUUUGUAUUACGAGAUCGCUCUCAUGUGGGAAAAUGAAGCAAAAGAAAUAAUUGCGAAAUUGAUGUCUAACGUGUUGAAGGAAUGCGGAAGAGGCACAACUGAUAUAUCCGCGGAAAUCAAAUUGACUCGAAAUGAUAGCGUUCAAAAACAACUGCAAUUGGUUGUGACUAAUUUUACUCAUGCCACACAAUAUUAUUUACAGGAUAACAAAUUAAAUCUCGCGAGUCGAUGCUCUCAUCAAGCUCAACUUGUGGCACUUCAGAUCGCAUUGCUGAACGCAAUGUCGCAAAAUCAGCAAGUAGUUUGUCUUUUAAAUCUGAAAAGCGACGAGUUGGACAGGAUAACGUCACAGACCUUGAAUUUUCUCCAAACACUCAUUGUUUCACGCGCUUAUAAUUAUCACGCGGAUUGGGCUAAUCUCAUUUACCACCAUUGUGUUCUCAGAGGAGAGGUAAAAUACCUCAAAGAAUUUAUGACGGUAAACAGUCUGACGCCCGCAAUUGUGCAAGAUUGUGCACGUAGGUACAGAUUAGAAAAGAAUAUAAAUAAUUUCAUGACAAACAACAUGAGAACUCUGGUGUAUGAAUUAUCAGACGUUGAAUGUAAAUAUAUGCUAGCUAGUCAGCUUGGAUUUAAAAGCAUCGUGGAAGAAAUGCACAAUGAUCCUGUGGUAGGCUCUUACUUGAAAGAUACGAUUUGGAAGAAAGGAUACAAUGCUCUAUGAUUGAAAUGUAACUCGUCACUUGUGUGAAGAAAUUCAGAGUAAUUCCGAUCCAAUAAAAAAUAUUGUAAAUCUCAAUAUUUUAACAAAUUAUGUUGUAAACUCAUCCAUUGUUACUGCGAGCAAUAUGAAAAUGUACAUGUCCAUGUUUCAUUAUUUUCUUAUCAAUAA